AUGCAUGCACGCAUUCAUACAAAAGAAAAGCCUUACGUUUGUGAAGUUUGUAGUAAAGCAUUCACUGAUAGAAGCACAUUAGCCAUUCACUUACGUACGCAUACAAAGGACAAACCUUAUGCCUGUGAGAUCUGUGGAUUCAUGCAAAGGAAACACCUUAUGUUUGUGAAAUCUGUGGCAAUAGAUUCAGUGAUAAAGCUAAUUUCUGGAAACACACGUACGCAUACAAAGGAAAAGCCCCAUGUCUGUUACAAAGCAUUCAACAGGAAAGGAAAUUUAAUGAAACAUUUACGUACCCAUCCGCAAGAAGACAUUUAAACAGCGGAGCUUCAGCGAAAUUUUAUUCCAUAGUAAUUAUUUUUAAACAGUUUCUUUCUAAUAUAAAAGGAAAUCUAACAAGAAUGAAGACUUUGGAAAGUCGGAACAUGCAUCUUUUGAUUGAUUUUUAAAUUAUCCAUUGAAAAUGAAAUUUUGAACUUUUUGAAAUCUAAGCUAGAAUAU